AUGGCAGAUUUGCAGACUCCUCUAGUUCGACCCAAAAGGAAGAAGCUGGUUUUAGUGGACUACUUGGUGCGACUUCGAUGGAUUCCUGCUCUCUUUAUAGCCCUUCCAAUAUCUGCACUGAUCUACUUCAGUGUCUUUGUGGGGAACACGUGGUCUGCCAUGAAAUCUGAGAAACGUCGACAGAAGGAACAUGAGGAGAAUAUGAAGAGAGUCGUGAAGCGUCAAGGCCUUGUUUGCACUGCUAGGAAGCCAUGGGUGGUUGUUGGCAUGCGCAACGUAGACUACAAGCGUGCCAGACAUUUUCAGGUCGACCUUUCUGCAUUCAGGAACAUUCUUGAGAUUGACACAGAGAGGAUGGUGGCCAAGGUCGAGCCUCUUGUUAGCAUGGGUCAGAUAACCAAAGCUACCUGCCCGAUGAAUCUUUCGCUCGCUGUGGCUCCUGAGUUUGAUGACCUCACUGUUGGUGGCCUGAUAAAUAGUUAUGGAAUUUCAGGGGGCUCUCACAUCUAUGGCCUCUUCACUGACACGGUUGUCGCGAUGGAGGUUGUUCUUGCAGAUGGUCAGGUUGUGAGAGCUACCAUGGACAAUGAGCACUCUGACCUUUUCUAUGGCAUGCCAUGGUCCCAAGGCACGAUUGGGCUCCUUGUUUCAGCCGAGAUCAAGCUCAUUCCUGUCAAGGAAUACAUGAGGCUCACAUACACUCCUGUCAGGGGGACCUUGAAGGAAAUCGCAGAGGCUUAUGCUGAUUCUUUCGUGCCAAGGGAUGGUGACCCUGCAAAGGUCCCUGACUUUGUAGAAGGGAUGGUUUACUCAUCCUCAGAGGGUGUGACGAUGACAGGUGUUUAUGCCUCGGAAGAGGAGGCGAAGAAGAAGGGCAACAGGAUCAACCGUGUAGGCUGGUGGUUUAAGCCCUGGUUCUACCAGUAUGCUGAGACGGCUCUGAAGAGGGGUGAGUUCGUGGAGUACAUCCCUACGAGGGAGUACUACCAUCGCCACACGAGGUCCCUGUACUGGGAAGGAAAACUGAUCAUACCAUUCGGGGACCAGUUCUGGUUCAGGUUCCUGCUUGGCUGGCUGAUGCCACCAAAGAUUUCCUUGCUCAAGAUCACCCAGGGUGAAGCUAUCAGGAACUACUACCAUGACAACCACGUGAUCCAAGACGUGCUGGUGCCGCUUCACAAAGUGAGCGACGCUCUUGAGUUUGCUCACCGUGAACUGGAGGUUUACCCAGUGUGGCUGUGCCCGCAUCGGCUGUACAAGCUUCCCGUGAAGACGAUGGUGCACCCAGAACCAGGAUUCGAGCAGCAUCGCAGGAAAGGUGACACCAGCUACGCCCAAAUGUUCACCGACGUUGGCUUCUACUACGCUCCUGCCUCUGUUCUACGGGGUGAGGAGUUCAACGGUGCAGAAGCCGUGCAUAGGCUGGAGCAGUGGCUCAUCAGGAACCACGGGUACCAGGCACAGUAUGCCGUGUCUGAGCUGAGCGAGAAGGACUUCUGGAGAAUGUUUGAUCCCUCUCACUACGAGCACUGCCGCCGCAAGUAUGGCGCUGUAGGGUCCUUCAUGAGCGCCCACUACAAGUCCAAGAAAGGCAAAAAGAGCGAGGAGGAGGUGCUCGAAGCUGAAGCUGCCAUCCUAGAAGCUGCUGAUGCUGAUGCGGAGUGA